AUGGAUGAAGAGCUGUUUGGAGGUGGUCUGAGUGAUAGUAGUGACGAUGAUUCGGACAAGGUGGAAGACAGUAAGGAUUCGUACUCCUCUGAGCUGAAAAAUGACGACAGCAGUAGUAGUAGUCCAAAAGCUGAGAAACAGAGCCCAGAAGUGAGACGACAAGUAAAAUUCUCUUUGUCCGAGGAUGAUUCUAAUGAUGGCAUGUUCGCUGAUAUUUUCAAUGGGUUGGAUAUGCCCGAUUCAAGCUCUGGACACGCGAAGAGAAAGGCAUCACCUAGUCCAUUAGAACCCAGAGAAGUGAAAAAAGUGAAAGUUGUCGUUGAUCCGGUAAUCGAAGAGGAUCCGUUGGUAUCUCUCGGUUUUCCAAUGGCCCCUCCAGCAAGCACUGUUGUUCCGAAGAAACGGGAUGUUGAAAAGGAGAAGGAUAAGAAAGUGCAAAUAGAGCCAAAGAUAAUAAGCCCUGGAAAGAAAAGUGAGGCGAAGCCUCCAGUAGUAGUUUCUCCUGAAGCAGUUAUCACCAUCAAAGAAGAGAAGGAUAUCAAAACAGAAAAGCCCGAUGAGGUACCUGAAAAAGAGGAAGAGGAACAAGUGGUGAAACCCUUGAACGAGGAAGAUGAGCUUCUUCGCCUUAAAAUGCAAGUACUCGUUUCUAAUUUCAAUCAAGAACAGUUGAAUCGUUACGAAACGUAUAGACGAUCGUCCUUUCCUAAAUCGGCUAUUCGUCGUUUAAUCCAACAAUACACUGGAAUCAUUCCUAAUCAAAACGUUGUUAUUGCUGUAGCUGGACUAGCCAAGGUUUUCGCCGGAGAGCUUGUGGAAGAAGCAUUAGACAUUCAGGAAGGCCAGGGCAUCGCAUCUGAACCAUUGAAACCGCAUCAUUUGAGACAAGCGUAUUACUCUUUAGAGCGCAAAGGAAAACUGUUCCCUCCAAAAGGAUCUCGUAAAAACCCAUUAUUGUAA